AUGCUUCCCACCAACACCGACAGAGCAAUUGAUCUUGCCGAGCUCGUCAUUUAUGGCAUUCUUACUAUUCCUACAAUAUACUGUAUGGUCCGCCAUGGAAAACAAGGCUUGUUGGGCUGGCUCUACAUCUUCCUAUAUUGCACAAUCCGCCUGGUCGCAGCUGGCCUCAAAUACAAGAGUGAUCAAGAUCACAAGGUGUCCACGGGGGCUUUAAUCGUUGACAAUAUCGGAUUGUCGCCGUUGUUGCUUGGAGCUGCUGGUAUUUUGCAUGAAGCUCGAUACGCUCGUCAUGCCAUCAAAAAUAGCAAGAUUGAAUGGCUUUGUGUGCUGCAAUACCACAUGCUCGUCUCAGCCGGCCUAGCACUCAUCGCUGUUUCCGUCACAAAUCUCGUCAAGCCCGGCUCCUCCAACUCAGGAACCGGACUUCUUAAAGGAGGGUUCGCUAUUCUGUUCAUCACCUGGGUGAUUCUCGCAAUUGCUACAUUGUUCUCCAUGAAGCGCCCUAGCUCUUAUAGUCAAUUGACAAAUGACAAGUCAUUCCGUGAUGGAACUCUGCUGCUCAACGCUGUCGUCUUCUCUCUCCCCAUGUCUCUCCUGAGAGCAAUCUACGGAGCCAUUAACCUAUUCGGCUCAGGAAGUUCCAUCGGAACAUCGACUUUCUCAUCCAGUGUCGCCGCCGAUAUCUCCGGAACCGAUCCUUACUUCGAUUUGGGGUCCUACCAUCGACCCAUCACAACAAAGUCAGCAAACGCCCAGACAUGGUUUGACCGUGGCCUCAUAUGGACAUUUGCCUUCAACCAUGAGGAAGCAGUAAAUUGUUUCAAAAAUGCUAUACGAGAUGAUCCAGGGUGUGCGAUUGCGUAUUGGGGUUUGGCCUAUGCUAUUGGCCCGAAUUACAACAAGCCUUGGGAUACUUUCGAUGGUCAGGACCUUCAUAUAUCGCUAAGAGAAGCCCAAAGAGCAGCAGGGCAUGCAAAAGAUGAAGCUGUCGAUUCAACAACACCAGCUGAAAGGGCCCUCAUUGAGGCUAUUCAACACCGUUACCCAUCGGAUACGAUCGAAGACGUUGGAAAUGAAGCGAAUGAACAGAUAUUUGCAAACUGGAAUCUUAAUUAUGCGGAAGACAUGGGUGUAGCAUAUCGAAAUCACUCGGAUGAUCUGGAUGUUGCGGCCUUGUAUGCGGAUGCACUCAUGAAUUUAACUCCCUGGAAAUUAUGGAACUUGAAGACCGGACAACCGAGCCCAGGCUCACGCACACUCGAGGCCAAAAAGGUAUUAGACCAAGCCAUCUCAUCAAAUAGAGGCUUACAUCAUCCCGGUAUUCUACACUUGUACAUCCAUUUGAUGGAAAUGUCUACUACACCUGAGAAAGCUUUACGAGUGGCCGAUCAUCUUCGGGGCCUUGUACCUGACGCUGGACACUUAAACCACAUGCCGUCACAUCUAGACGUGCUAUGUGGUGACUAUCGUCAAGCAAUUCAGUCAAAUACUCGGGCUAUACAAGCCGAUGAAAAGUACUUCGCCACCGCCGGCUCGCUUCGAUUUUACACCCUUUACCGCGCACAUAACUAUCAUUUUCGCUUAUACGCAGCCAUGUUUGCCGGACAGGUUCAAGUUGCGCUAGAUACAGUGGAAAAUCUAGAACACAGUAUCCCAGAAGAAUUGCUACGAGUCGAAUCACCUCCCAUGGCGGACUGGCUAGAAGGGUUCAUGGGCAUGCGUGUCCAUGCGCUUAUCAGAUUCGGUCGAUGGGAAGACAUACUUGCUCUGAAACUUCCUCAUGAUCAAAUGUUGUACUCUGUCACGACCACAAUGUUACACUAUGCCAAGGGAGUCGCAAAUGCUGCCUUGGGACGGAUCGAGGGGGCAGAGAAUGAACGCGAAGCGUUCAAAGAAGCAUUAUUACAUGUGCAACCUUCCAGAACGAUAUUCAAUAAUUCUUGUCUUCACAUAUUGCAAGUCGCAGAUGCAAUGCUCAAUGGCGAGAUAGAGUACCGAAAGAACAACGUUGACCAAGCAUUUAUACAUCUAAGUCAGGCCAUCACACUAGAUCAAGAACUUCCUUAUGAUGAACCGUGGGGAUGGAUGCAGCCGCCUCGACAUGCAUAUGGUGCGUUGUUGUUAGAACAGGGACGAUUUGAGGAGGCGCUGGAUGUUUACUUGACAGAUCUAGGUCUCAAUGACGUCUUACCGCGAGCGAUGCAACAUCCGAACAAUGUGUGGUCUCUGCAUGGUGAUGGCAGGAAGAUCAGCUGGGGCUUGCAUGAUUCUGCCAUCGUAGUGUUGAUGGGACUGAUAGUGGUUUUUGAAGUCGCUUAUCUCAUCAUGCUAUUCUUGCAAUGCCGUCCACUGAAAGCGCUCUUCGACCUUGUGCCGACCUAUCACCACGUCUGCACCAUAAAUAGUCAUCUUCUUACAUAUGCUGCCAGUAUAGCAAACACGAUCACCGACUUUCUUACAACCCUCAUACCCGUUACCUUGAUCGGGAAACUACACCUACCAUAUCGCCAACGUAUUGUCAUUAUGGGUCUCUUUGCCCUUGGUGCUACUGUCAAUAUUGCCGGCGCCCUUCGUACAUAUUACCUGCACACCAGUAUGCUCGUGAAAGACCUAGAUCGAUCCUGGGUCGGAUGGCCAACAUGUAUCUCUGGCAUUGUGGAGAUUGGACUUGGAGUAAUUGUCACAUCUGUCCCAGCUCUGCGUCCAUUGAUUGGCCGCUUCUGGCCAUACAUUCUUGAAUCUCGAAGAAAGUACCGAUAUCAAGGAGAUGACGAAUCACCAGGUAUCUCAUUCGGAAGCGAAGAGAAACCUCGGCCCUCGCGGAGUAUUUUUGACCUCAAGACCUUUGACAAGUCAUGGGGCAAAGACAGCCUCGUCAUGAGUAAAAUUUCAACAACUCAGAUCGAAAUGAACAGCACCCAAUUAACUGAGCAGCCCAGAGAUGCUAUCAAUGUUACGCAGCCCUGGCGGCAGGAUUGGUUAAAUAUUACGCCUUGGCCAGAGUCGAGGGAUUCAAUCUCUCGCGUUGGUUCUGUGGAUGAGCAUGUAAAUGAUGACUAUGAGAGAUUCCGCUUUGACGUCCGAUCAGAGGAGCAAUCCAUGACCAGAUUUUAUGAAGAUGACAUCGGAAAUCGCCAUCCGUAA